ACAUCAUAGAAAGUGAGAAGAAAGUUUGACACUCACAACAUUACCACAUAAAGUUUAAAGAGUUUAGGCAUUCAAUGGCUCACUCAUUUCAGGCUUUUCCCAUUCUCAUCCUUUAUCUUCUCCUUGCAUUCUCUAACACUGGUGGAACUCUAAAACCAGCGAAUGCACAAGCAUCUGGACAGUGGUGCGUGCCAAGACCUUCAGCUACAGAAGCGCAACUGCUAGAUAGUAUCCAGUUUGUGUGUGGUGAAAAAGGGUUGCCUGGCUGCUCUUUAAUUCAAGCUGGUGGCUCCUGCUUUUACCCAGAUACUACAAUCAACCAUGCCUCUGUUGUAAUGAAUCUGUGGUACCAGCUAGAAGGAAGACAAACCGUAUCGUGUUGGUUCAAAAACACUGCUCUCAUCACCAUUACUGAUCCAAGCUAUGGCAAUUGCCAAUUUGUCUUUGGUCAGUAGAUGGAAGCUGAAGCAGCAUUUGUGAAUUUAAUUAUAGCAACCUCGUCCCAUUUUGAAUAUCGUCAUCUUUACUUUUCCUAUUUUUCUUUCCUUUUACUCGGUUUCUGAAUAUUUUCUUCACCUUUUUUCCGACACAUAAUAGCUGGCCCAAGUAUGAAAAUUUUACCACGUUUUGACAUAGUUGAAUCCUAAAAUAUUGUGUAAUUUGUAAUUCGUAAAAGCAGUCUGUUUAAGAAGACUUACAAGUCUUAUGAAUAUAAGAGAAGAGAAUGAUCGAUUAUAUAGUCCUAA